UUCUUUCCUAGAUGAUCAGUCAGCCACGAGAUCGAACACGAUCGCUCUCUUAUUAAAAAAAAAAAACAAUUUUCCAAUUUCUCUCCAAGUCCCCUCUCUCUGUCUUCUUUUCAAUCUAGUGAUCUACUUCCAAAGAAGUCGCCUCGAGAGGCCCAAAGUAGCUUUUUCUAUCCACCAUGGCUGGCCAAAACGCUCGUUUGAAUGUGGUUCCCACUGUUACUAUGCUCGGAGUUAUGAAAGCUCGUCUCGUUGGAGCCACAAGAGGACAUGCUCUCCUCAAGAAGAAGAGUGAUGCUUUAACUGUUCAGUUCAGAGCCCUUCUCAAGAAAAUCGUCACGGCUAAGGAAUCAAUGGGAGAUAUGAUGAAGACAUCUUCUUUUGCUCUCACCGAAGUCAAGUACGUUGCUGGCGAGAAUGUCAAGCAUGUAGUUCUCGAGAACGUUAAAGAAGCUACGCUGAAAGUUCGUUCAAGGCAAGAGAACAUCGCUGGUGUGAAGCUUCCCAAGUUUGAUCACUUCUCUGAAGGUGAGACCAAGAAUGACUUAACCGGUUUAGCUAGAGGUGGGCAACAGGUGCAAGCUUGCCGUGUGGCUUAUGUGAAAGCUAUUGAGGUUUUGGUUGAGCUUGCUUCUCUCCAGACUUCUUUCUUGACGCUUGAUGAAGCAAUCAAGACGACUAACCGCAGGGUUAAUGCUUUGGAGAAUGUGGUGAAGCCCAAGAUUGAGAAUACGAUUAGUUACAUCAAGGGAGAGCUUGAUGAGCUUGAGAGGGAGGAUUUCUUUAGGCUUAAGAAGAUUCAGGGAUACAAGAGGAGGGAAGUUGAGAGACAAGCAGCUAAUGCUAAGGCGUUUGCUGAGGAGAUGGUUCUUGAGAAAAUCUCUAUGCAGAGAGGGAUUUCUAUUAACGCUGCUCGUAACAUUCUUGAUGGUGGCGCAGAGAGGGAUGCAGACAUUAUCUUCUGAAGUGUGAGGCUCUCUAUUUAUUUAUCUUUUGUUAUUACUCUUUUCGUCAGACUUUAUGUUUCUACAAAUAAAAUGGAUUUGUUGUAGAUGAAAUACUGUAUCAUCUUUGAUUGUGCUUUGCUAUAACUUUCCUCAAGAGAUUUGUUAUUGUUACUCUUCUGUGUAAUGAUUAUUCCCCUGUUUUGAGAGACCAAGCAAAUGUAAAACUUUUCUGGUAUUGAUUCUUG